AUGAAUAGGCAAGCCGACAAUCGCCCCAAUCCAGGUCACUCGGAUAUGGCAGCCUGCACUCCCAUGCCAUUAGGAAUCCAGCCCGUGACAGAAUGCAUUGACAUGCCCUUCACUCUACCCCUCUACUGGUUCAUCCACCCCGCCUAUCCGAAUUUCAUCAUCUGCAAUCGUUGCUACCACGAUCACAUUCUCAACUCACCUUUCCAUGACGUCUUCAACCCAGUUUGGCAUGAAGACAGCGUAGGGAGACAAUGUUUCUUUGGGAACCCUCGCGUCAAAGAAAAUCUCUGGCCGAUUGCUUUAGCAAACCUGAGUCUUGAUGGCAUGUUGAACUUCAUGGCCACUCGACCCAAGCUUGGCUUCUGUCCGGAAGACAAGUCUCUCGAAGGUAGAGAAUGGUAUUAUCCCACGGAUCGACCAGACUCUGGACUGGCAAUUUGUAAGCCUUGUUACGAAGACCAUUUCAAGCAUACUUCCUUCGGGAACAAGUUUAGCAUACAUUCACCUCCAGGUGAAGCAAAUUGCGACCAUAAUCUCUGGUACAUACGCCGCAUGCUCAAAAUUCAUUCAGCAAGCGGUAACUGGAUCGCUUUUGCCAACGCAUUCUCCAAGAGGUUGCAGAUACAACUGUGUCCAAGAGCCCAGGCCGUCUCUGCACCAGAUAGGACCUGGUUCUGGUCCUCCCGCGUCCCCUCAGGCUUCUUAGUUUGCGAGGCAUGCUACUGGGAUUACUUCCAUGAUUCCCCAGAGGGUCAAUCAUUUCAAGCAACUCGCAUGAGCACUACACAGCUCACGACGUGCGCAAUGGGCCAGGUCAACGUUCUUAUCCCCGUUGGACGAGCAGUUAGUUACGGCGAGUUUAACAUGUUCUGGUAUGUGAUGCAAUCUCUUUCUCAGCAAAAGCCUUGUGAUCCGCAAGGCGCAAGUGGUAUUGCUUGGUACACACUACAAGACAAUCUUCCCGACUUCGACAUUUGCGGAGCCUGCAUGGCGGGAACAAUCGCGAGUAUGCGUAUGACCCAUCUCUUUAAGCCCAAGCACGUCCCGGCCAAUGAAACUCGGCUUUGCUCGUUCAAUGUCUUUUCUUAUCCACGAGCGAUGCCUUUGAUACAAAAGUUUGCCGAAUCAGCCUAUAUCGACGACUAUCGACCACUUAGCAACUUGGUGACGGACCUGAGUGCAGCACCAAACUGUCCCAAGAUAGAUCGGGAUCUCGCUAAGAAUCGGAGAUGGUGGGGAUGGGACGACGUGCACAUCUGUGAGGAAUGUUAUAUCCUCGUGGCCAAGAAAACCACUCUGGAGAAGCAUUUCGUCAUGAAAGGAGAUCACGUCGUUGAAUCGCGACUCUGCGACCUCUAUUCCCCUCGCAUGCGCCAACUCUACAAAGAAGCCUGUCAAACGCAACAGCUAGCCUCUUUUCUCGCCUUUGCACAACAACGACGCCAGAUCUAUCUCCAAACCGUCCCUGAGAUGAAUAGAAUGCUACAAAAUGCCAAACACGCUCUUAGCCAAGCGCAAACACUGGGUUUGGCAGCAGUUACAUUUAGUGCAGCAGGAAACCUGAACUCUACCAAUUUCAACUACGUUGGUUAUGGAUAUGGAAAUGCCCAGUUAGCGCAGGCGGCCAUGGCGGAUCAACAGAUGCAGCAGGUUGGAGCUGCGGCGGCGGGACCAGCGGCCAUUGCGAGAGUUGGUAUGCUGGAGAAGAUGUGGAAGCAGGUUGAAUGA